CGCUAACCUGUAACCAUGGAAAACAAAAAGCCGGCGGGCAGCAGCUCAUCAGGUUCGGUCGCCAGUGUUUUAUUUACAAACACUAUCAGUUGAGAAGUUUGGAUAUUUAAAUUUUAAAUCAAACAUUAAUACAUUACCGAAGUUGUCGUAGUUAUAGCCGGCGGGUUCUAAGUGGUAACUUUAGGCCACGAAUCGAGAUUAUUGUUGAUCGUAGACUAGACUCAAUUCUUGAAUUUCUAGGUUAUUGGGUUUUGGAUUUUUAAAAUAAAUUAACUCCGGAACUGGCGGAACUUCAACAAUGGCUGGUAAAGUUCUUGUCGAUGCUCUUUCGUACAUUGAUGAGGGGUACGACGAGCCAGGCAUCCGUGAAGCUGUGAUCAGUAUGAUAGAAGACGAAAAACGUCGUUUCAGGCCGUCAAAUAACUAUCUAGAACGUUUUCCAUCACUCAAUACAUCGCGGUUUGAAACUGAAUUGAUGCGAACAGAGUUUGAUAGACUUCAGCAGCGUUUAUCUAUGGAAACAAUGAGUAUGCAACCCUAUGAACUACCUCCACCACCUGCUGUAAAACUCCCGGAUAUGUCUUCUUGGAAUGAAUGUUUGGAAAACUCAAUGGUUCAACUCGAACAUCAAGCUACAAG